AUGGAGGUCGACACGACUGAGGCUGAAAAGACGCAGCAAAAUCGCAGUUCGAACGAGGACCAACCGAUCGUAACUCUCUCUCUAGAGAGGGGAUUUCGUGCCUGUAUUGAGUGCCGGCGGCGACAUGCGACAGCCCAUCUGUGGUCUUUGUCGGAGAACGGGAGGAUGCUGUACAUUUCCGACAAGGAGGAAAGCCCCGGAAUUUCGGAAGCGGCCUACGAAGGCGAGGGACGCGAAUAUGAUAGACCCGCAGAGGAUUGGUUCGACCGACCGCCCUUUCGUGACUCGUGGUUGAUACUAAGCUCUCAACUAGAAUAUCUUGUUGGUCUGCUCGAAUCCAGGCUCGAAGAGACCCCGAAGAGCCAAAGCUCAACAUGUGAAUCACCAGGAAGGGAUACAGGGAGUGUUCAAUCGAGCGCCACGAGCCCAAGUUUUUCCGAAUCAACCGGAACGUGUCGAGAAGAUGCCUCGGGGCAGCAAAUCUCCGGGAUUCCAAAUAGCACUGCCGCCAUGCCAACAGGCCCUGGCCUCGCUUCUCGGACUCACGAAUAUGUUGAGGCCGAGACCGUGGACAGCAACCAGCAGCCAAGCACGGCAUCAACCUGGACUGGAAUACCCGAUGAUGUGGUGACAGAGCUUGUCAAUCUAUAUUUUGACAAGAUCCAAGCGUGGCUGCCACUCCUCCAUCGGCCAAACUUCUUUGCCCAAUACUUGGCCGACGGCAGCUUCCACAGUGAUAGGCUACAAAAGGUCUCGUUACAAGAGGCCUUGCUGUUUUUCGGUAUCUUUGCCCUCGCCGCCCGACACUCCAAGCAUGAAUAUUUUAAAGAUAUGGCGUCGCCGAAUCGCGGCGAAAGGUUUGCGGAGCAAGCGAUAAAAUACUACGCCGAAUUACGGUCUGCUGAUUUUGAAACGAACUUGGAAUAUUUACAGGGCUGCAUUCUACUGGCUUUUUACCUCUAUACGAGCGGCCCAAGUCACCAAGCAUGGAUCCUGACUGGGGUAUGCGUCCGCCUAGCUUACGACCUAGACCUGUGCUGCAUGGACGAAGAUGAAGACGUCAACGAAACCGCCGCGGAAUGGUCGGCGGCAGAAGAGCGGAGGAGGGCGUUUUGGCUCGUGUGGGAACUCGAUACAUUUGCUUCCAUCUUGUCAAUGCGCCCGCGAGGACUCAACAGCCAACGGAUCGUCGUACGUCUUCCGGCCAGCGACCAAGCUUGGUUCUCCAAUCAUCCGUGCGAGUCUCCAGCGAUUCCUCCCGAUCCAGCUCAGGCUUGGAAAGUCCUGCUCGACUCUCCAAACAAUGACGAACGAGCGUGGUUCCUCCUGGCCAACCAUCUCAUGGCCUUGGCAUACGAGGCAGCGUCAGGCCGUCACAAGUCUCAGCGAGACCACAGCGAGCUCACGAGUUCGAUUACAUACUUUUCCCUUGCAGUAUCGCAGCGAUAUGGUCUGGAAACCAACCCUCCCGCUUUCGUUGCUGGGACUUUUGCAAGGGAUAACUGGAUCAUCGGCAUGCACCUGAUGCUGGCAUGCACUAGAGCAUGUCUCUCAGUUCUCACGGUUGGCCCCGUGGCAGGAAUAGAGACCUUUGGAGAUGACUUCUCAAGAAUUCUCAACCGCUGGCACCCUGAAUACAUCGCUCUCAGUCAUCCAUUCUUUGCUGGGACACUUCUCUAUGCCCGAACGUACCCCUCCCUGUCUUCAACACGGCCUCUCAGUGUCUCAUGUAACCAGGAACUGGCGGCUCUCAUUCUUUCCCACUUUGCGACCUUCUGGAAGUUAGGUUCCUUGCUACUAGGCCUAGUGACUUCCAAGUCAAGCUACGACGAACAGUUUCGCAAAACCCAAUGCUCGAUGACGAAAUACUGCAAGAUAUACUUCUCCCACUUGUCCAUUCAACAUGAAUCACCAGGAGGCCGAAAUCCAGCUCAGGUAGAGAUGCGCCAUUCAAACAUGAGCUCUGCCCGCGAAGAGAUUGUUCAGCCGCAAGAGGCUUGCCAAUCUCCUGGAGAACUAUUCAACAUUCAAUUUGGACUUGAUGAGGUUGCGAGUGACGCAGUACAGCUGCCAACAGACACAUUGGAAGGAGUGUACAACUGGUGCUCUCCAACACAGAUGGACUAUCUCUGCGGCGAUAGCCGGGGGUUCGGCUGCUUCGAGUAG